CACAAGAUCAAUAAACAAGCAAAGCCUUCAAAUCUAUUCUCUCUGUUUUAUUAGUGUUUAAUUGAGAAGCAUAUACACAAAUACAAUGGCUGCAUCAUCUUCCAUGCAAUCAAUAUUUCUAGCUAGCUCAGUUGCUUAUGGAGCGGGAAAGAACAAAUCUGUUGGAGCGAGCCACCUUGUUGCACCAACUCUGUAUAGCUACCCUCACAUGAUGAGGGUAAGCUCGAUGGCCAAGGAUGGUCAGAAGAAGCAACCAUCUACAGUAACAAAUGCAUCAAAAGUUCCUCCACCUUCUCCUUCUUCUUCUCCUCCCAAGGUUAGCACAAAGUUCUCGGAGUUGUUUGCCUUCAGUGGGCCAGCCCCAGAGAGAAUCAACGGCAGGCUUGCAAUGGUGGGGUUUGUCUCAGCUCUGGCAGUGGAACUAUACAAUGGCCAAGAUGUGUUUGCUCAGUUAUCCAACGGUGGAGUCUCGUUGUUCGUUGCCACUAGUAUUUUGCUCUCUGUGGCAUCCUUGGUUCCUCUGUUUAAAGGGGUGAGCGUGGAGUCGAAAUCAGAUGGGAUCAUGACCUCUGAUGCUGAGCUGUUGAAUGGAAGGCUGGCCAUGUUAGGUCUGGUAGCUUUGGUCUUCACUGAGUAUGUCAAGGGAGGGACUCUAGUUUAGGUCUCAAUCAUUUCUGGUUUUUUUUUUUGGGCUUAAUAUGCCUUGUAAAAGUCUUUCACAUGUAUAC